GCGACAUUUUCAUGAACACAUGUACCAUGCGUGUAUAACACAGGGGUAAAUAAGUGAUACACAUGUAUUUAAUAAUAACUAUUUCAUUUACGAGAAGUUGAAAAACCUUGUGGAUUGUAAUGGCUGGAAACACGCUGCAGUUUAAAUCGAAUUAUGCUGUCUCCAGCAAAAUCGAGCCGUUUUACAAGGGAGGUAAAGUGCAGAUCAGUCAUGAUGAACAGUACAUCUUCUGCACGUGUGGAUCACGAGUCAACGUUUUGCAAAUCCAUACAGGGAAAGUCAUUCAUAGCAUCGAGCAGGAUGAUCAGGAGGAUAUCACAUCAUUCUCUGUCAGUCCUGAUAAUGAGAUGCUUGUCACUGCCAGCAGGGCUUUGCUACUGAAACAAUGGGAUUGGAAGCAGGAGACUUGCACUCGAUCAUGGAGGGCCAUUCAUAAUGUGCCUGUGGCCAGCAUGACCUUUGACUGCACAUCCACGCUGCUGGCUACAGGUGGUUGUGAUGGCACCAUAAAGCUCUGGGAUGUUGUGAAGCAGUACUGCACCCACAAUCUGAAAGGGUCUUCUGGAGUUGUGCAUCUGGUUGAGUUUCAUCCAGACAUCAGCAGGCUGCAGCUCUUCUCCUCUUCAGUGGAUUGUAAGAUUCGUAUCUGGGACCUGCGGACCAGCAAGUGCUUGUGUGUUCUCGAGAGCCACUUUAGUGCUGUCACGUCUCUGGCCUUCUCUCCUGAUGGCCAGACUAUGAUCAGUUCUGGACGAGACAAAAUUUGCACAGUGUGGGACUUAAAGGAGAAGAAAGUAAAGAGGACAGUGCCUGUUUAUGAGGCGGUAGAAGGUGUUGUUAUUCUCUCUGAGAAGAGCAAUUACUCUGAGAUGGGUGUGAAGAGCAAAGACUUGCACUUUGUCACAGCUGGCAGUAAAGGUGUUAUUAGAGUGUGGGAGUCCAGCACAGCACGCUGUGUCUUCACUCAGACCAUUGCAGAUGCUCCUGCUCUUAACACAGAGGAGGGCGAUUUGGACCCACGCAGCCUGGUCCUCUGCCUACCCAUGCCCCAGUCCAACAGACUCGCCACAGUCACGGCAGAGCACAAUAUCCUUAUCUAUCAGUUACCAUCUCUCACAGUACAACAGCAGUUUGUUGGCUACAAUGAUGAUAUCUUGGAUGUGAAGUUUCUGGGAAAGGACGACACCCACAUUGUUGUGGCCACUAACAGCUCUCAGCUGAAAGUCUUUGAAUUGGCCACCAAUAGCUGCCAGAUAUUGUACGGACACACAGAUACCAUCUUGUCAAUAGACGUUAUCCGCAAGGGUUUCAUGUUUGCAAGCUGUGCAAAGGAUAAAAACAUUCGGCUUUGGAGGAUGGAACCUGAGACAGGCCGUGUGCAUUGUGUGGCUCAGGGCAGUGGACACUCCAAUGCUGUUGGCUCUGUUGCCUGCUCCAGGUUAAAGAAAGUUUUCCUGGUGUCAGGCAGUCAGGACUGUACUGUUAAAGUUUGGGAUGUACCAGAGUCUCUGUCAGAUAUUGGGUGUGAGCCAGCAGUGAUGAGUGCACGGCACACAGAAAAAGCUCAUGACAAGGAUGUGAACAGCGUGGCGAUUUCUCCCAAUGACAAACUGCUGGUGUCCGGCUCUCAAGACCGCACGGCUAAGUUGUGGUCUUUAGCUGAUAUGAGUCUGUUAGGUGUUUUUAGGGGUCACAGUCGGGGUAUCUGGUGUGUUCAGUUCUCGCCUGUGGAUCAGGUCGUAGCCACGGCCUCAGCGGAUGGCUCCAUUAAACUCUGGGGUAUUCAAGACUUCAGCUGCCUCAAGACUUUUGAGGGGCAUGAUGCUUCUGUCCUGAAGAUCAUAUUCGUCAGUCGAGGAACUCAGCUAGUCUCGGGUGGUUCAGAUGGACUGGUUAAGUUGUGGACUAUAAAAACAAACGAAUGUGUGAAGACUUUUGACGCUCACCAGGAUAAGGUUUGGGCUGUACAUGGCAGCAGCAGGGAUGACCUGAUGGUGACCGGAUCCGCUGAUUCAACCGUCACGCUCUGGAAGGACGUCACUGAUGUGGAGCUUGCAGAAGAGCAGGCCAAACAAGAAGAACAAGUCCUCAAGCAACAGACAUUGGCAAAUCUACUGCACGAGAAGAAGUAUCUGAAGGCUUUGGGUAUUGCAAUUUCUCUGGAUCAGCCACAUACUGUCCUAAGAGUCAUCAAAGAAAUUCGCCAGCAGGACAAUGGCACACAACAGCUAGAAAAGACCCUCCUGAAACUGAGGCCGGAUCAGAAAGAGUCAGUGUUGCGGUACUGUGCGGUGUGGAACACUAAUUCACGGAGUUGUCUGGACGCCCAAACUGUCCUGCAGGUUCUCCUCACACACGUGAGUCCAGAGGAACUUAUGCAGUAUCAAGGGGCACGCACCCAUCUCGAGGGCCUUAUACCAUAUACAGAGAGACAUAUGCAGAGGAUUGGCCGUCUCCUGCAGGCUUCAAUGUUUUUGGAUUACAUGUGGCAGAAAAUGCGCAUAACAGGAGGUAUAGAAAGCUUGAGCUUGCACAAUGACGAGAUGGAUACCGGUGCCCAGGACUUCUUUACUAUAGACAAGCAACCGACAAAGACGGGUGUCAGUCAGGCAUCUGAACAACAAGCAGAAGAAUCUGAGGAGGAAGAUGAAGAAAGUUCAGAGAAUAGUGUGGAGCUUAUCGAUGAAGAUGAAAGUAUCAGUGCAUCUAAAAGUGCCAGUGUCAAUGGAAAGAAAAGAGGUCAGGAUGAAGGUCAGGAGUCGAGUGAGGACAGUGAAGAUGAUGAUGAUGAUGUCAUGGAAAUUUCUACCAAGUCUUUUCCAGAAUCUUCAGGCUCCACCCCCUGCUUAAAAGCAUCUGUAAGGUGAUUGAGUUGUCAAUCAUGAUUUCUUAUUUCAGUAUUGUAUAUUGAAUUGAUGGACCAUCUCUGAUCUGAGGAGAUUUAGGGAAGCAGGUUUCUGAUGUUUCUCCAUCCGAUGCAGCUGCAAAACACCAGCCUGUUUUAUUGAUAACACCCCUCGCAAAACUAUAAAAAUAUGUUCUUGUAGUUUUAUUAUUGUUUCUCCAUAACGUUUAUAUCUCUUGGAAAUGAAUAAUAAAUUUUAUCACUUCA